AUGGCACCCUCGAGAGCGGCGCAAGUGGCGCCAGGCCUGCACAUGACCACGACGACACUAAAGGUCGAAGGGAUGACGUGUGGCGCUUGCACGUCUUCUGUCGAGUCCGGCUUUAAGGGUGUGGAGGGAGUUGGCAGUGUGUCGGUCAGCUUAGUUAUGGAGCGAGCAGUCGUUACGCAUGAUGCGGAGAAGAUUGGCGCACAGCAAUUGCGAGAUAUUGUGGAAGAUAGAGGUUUUGACGCGGAGGUGCUGGGCUCGGAUCGACCGGAGACGCCGUUGUUCGAUGCGAUAGAGGACGUGGGGGAUGGAGCAGUGGAGACGGAUGAUCAGGUUACGAGCAGCGGACUAUCUGUGACUACACUGCACGUUGGAGGUAUGACGUGCGGUGCCUGCACAUCCGCGGUAGAAGGUGCGUUUAAAGGUGUGGCGGGGGUGAAGAGCUUCAGUAUAUCAUUACUUUCCGAGCGGGCAGUUAUCGAGCACGAUGCAAGCAUGAUAUCACCGGAGAAGCUGGCAGAGAUCGUCGAGGAUACGGGUUUCGACGCCGAGAUCGUAGAGACGAAGACUGUCGAGCCGCUACACAGCAAGCCGAAAAUGCGUCGGAAAUCCAAGACUAAGAAGCUGCUCACUACGACUGUUGCAAUCGAAGGCAUGACUUGCGGCGCAUGCACUUCGGCCGUGGAAGGUGGUUUCAGAGACGUGCCUGGUGUUGCGCAGUUCAAUAUCAGCUUGUUGGCAGAGCGGGCCGUCAUCUUGCACGAUCCUGAGCGACUCACUACCGCGCAAAUCAUGGAAAUUAUUGAGGACCGAGGGUUCGACGCGAAGGUGGUAUCAAGCGUUGAGGAAGGCGUGCAGACGUCAAGUUCGAGCGCGAGCGUGCAGUUGAAGGUGUUCGGCAUGCCGAGUCAAGAUGCCGCGUCAGAUCUUCAGGCCUUACUUGAUGGCAUACCCGGCGUCACGUCCGCAAAGGUCGACUUCGAAACUUUCCGCGUAGGCGUCACGCAUACUCCGUCCACGAUCGGUCUGCGAGCUAUAGUGGAGACUAUCGAGAAGGCUGGCUACAAUGCACUCGUAGCUGAUUCGGAUGACAACAACGCGCAGCUCGAGUCCUUGGCGAAGACGAAGGAAAUCCAGGAGUGGUGGCGCGCUUUCCGGAUAUCACUAGCCUUUGCGAUACCCGUCCUCCUCAUCAGCAUGGUCAUUCCUAUGUUCCUGCCGGCACUUGACUUUGGAAGAGCGCACUGGAGCGGUCUCUGGCUGGGUGAUGUUGUAUGUCUUUUCCUCACUAUACCCGUACAAUUCGGCAUCGGGAAACGCUUCUACGUCUCCGCAUACAAAUCUAUCAAGCAUGGUAGUCCAACGAUGGACGUUCUGGUCGUGCUUGGGACGAGUGCAGCGUUCUUCUUCAGCUGCGCGGCGAUGCUCGUUAGCAUCUUCGUGCCUCCGCACUCUAAGCCGGCAACUACGUUCGACACGAGUACGAUGCUUAUCACGUUCAUCCUGCUUGGCCGCUUUCUGGAGAACAGGGCCAAGGGUCAGACUUCGAAGGCUCUUAGUAGGCUGAUGAGCCUGGCCCCUUCGACUGCAACCAUCUACGCUGAUCCGAUUGCGGCUGCCAAAGCUGCAGAAGAUUGGGAUACUAUGGUGCAGCAGAACGAGAAGGCGGCCUUUGCUGCUACUGUUGAGGAGAGAGUCGUGCCUACCGAGCUCAUCGAAGUAGGUGACAUUGUUGUCUUGAAGCCUGGCGAUAAGGUUCCCGCAGAUGGCACGGUCACCCGCGGAGAAAGCUACGUGAACGAAAGCAUGGUAACCGGCGAAGCGAUGCCUAUCUUGAAGAAGCAAGGCUCGGCGCUCAUGGCGGGUACCGUUAACGGCGCCGGUAGGCUUGACUUCAAGGUCACACGCGCCGGCCGCGACACUCAGCUUUCGCAGAUCGUUCGACUCGUGCAAGAAGCGCAGACGAGUCGGGCACCUAUCCAGCGCGUUGCUGACGUUGUGGCUGGCUACUUCGUCCCGAUCAUCAUUACGCUAGGUCUGGCGACCUUUGUGGCAUGGAUGAUCCUCAGCCAUGUCAUGCCUCAGCCACCCCCGAUCUUCCUCAGCGAUUCUUCGGGAGGCAGGGUGAUGAUAUGUGUUAAGCUUUGCAUUGCGGUUAUUGUGUUUGCGUGUCCAUGCGCGCUUGGCCUGGCAACACCGACGGCCGUGAUGGUGGGCACGGGUGUAGGUGCUGAGCAGGGCAUUCUAGUAAAAGGUGGCGCUACACUCGAGACGGCUACCAAGAUCAAGCACAUCGUUCUCGACAAGACUGGUACGCUUACCACGGGUAAGAUGAGCGUCAGUGGCGCGGAGUCGGUUGGUGAGUGGAGUGAAAGCAGCGAGCGCAGACUCAUGUGGUGGAGCAUCGUCGGGCUUGCGGAAGCGGGCAGCGAGCAUCCCAUUGCCAAGGCGAUUCUGGCCGGUGCAAAGGAGAAGUUGGGCCUUGCGGCAGAUGGCACGCUGGAUGGCAAUGUUGGUGAUUUCAAGGCUACUGUUGGCAAAGGCAUUUCCGCCAUCGUCGAGCCGAGUGGUGCGGUCGAGCGGACACGGUACCAAGUUAUUAUCGGCAACGCUUCGCUGCUACGUGGAAACGGCAUUGCCGUGCCAAGUGCUCCUGAAGUCGCCGUUCCUCAGCGCUACACCGACGCGGAGUCGGCAGGCAUCACGAAGAUUCACGUCGCGAUCAAUGGAACCUACACCGGCUCUGUUGGGCUCUCAGAUACACUCAAGCCAUCAGCACGCGCAUGCAUCGCAGCUCUGCACGGCAUGGGCAUAGCCACUUCGCUCGUCACCGGCGAUCAAGCUGCCACAGCCGAGCACGUCGCCUCACUAGUUGGGAUCCCUCCAGAGAACGUCUACGCCGGCAUCUUGCCAAGCGGCAAACAAGACAUCAUCGAAGACUUGCAGAAACAAGGCCAGAUCGUCGCAAUGGUAGGUGACGGUAUCAACGACUCGCCCGCGCUUGCCACGGCCAACGUCGGCAUCUCGUUAGCGACGGGCACCGAUGUCGCGAUGGAGGCGGCGGAUAUCGUGUUGAUGAAAGGGGAGCAACUGAUGGAUAUCCCUGCCUCGCUACAUCUCAGCCGGACGAUCUUCCGACGGAUUAAGUACAAUCUGCUCUUCAGCUGCAUCUACAACGCUAUCGGCAUCCCGAUCGCGAUGGGCUUCUUCUUGCCGUGGGGCAUCACGCUACCGCCACUGGCUGCUGGCGCGGCGAUGGCUUGUUCGAGCGUCACGGUCGUGGUUAGUAGCUUGAUGCUUAGGUUUUGGCGACGACCUGCGUGGCUGAUUGAGGAUGAGCUUGUUGCUGAGUUCAAAGCCAACAAGCUGGGGUUCUGGAGUCGUAUCGGCAGCGUAAGGGAUCUCGUUAGGGGAAAGAGGAGGAAGGUGUCCGAGGCUGAGAGGGGUGCUUAUGUGCCGCUGGACACUUAUGAGGCUGUCUGA